GAUCUUCUGAUCAUCUCUCCCAAGCACGAAACUCGAACAGAUAGGUUCAGAGGGUGGAAGCUCCUCCUCGAUCACUCUCCCUCCCCAUCUCUCCCUGUCGCUUUAUUCUCUACCUACAGCUUUCAUUUCCUUUCUAUCACGCCAGAACCUUGAUGUCUGUAUUGGAAAUUGUCCGAUAUGAUUCCCCUGCUUUUACAGUUUGCUUAAUCCUAGGAGUUUCGCAAAUUGGUGAAACGGGUUUGUAAGAUAAUGCGACAUAUAAAUUAUAAUCUGAGAUGGGUUUCUUCCAAUGUUAAGCAAACGAAGAGAAUUGUUCGGACGUGGAGAAUCUGAAUGCAAAAGUUGACAUUUUAGGGCCCGGAACAUCCAUUUUGCGGAAAAAUCCGUGGACUGCUGGCAAAGUAAAGGUAUUAGAAGUUUCAUUGUUGAAGAUUGAUACUUGAGGUUUUGAACAAUUAAGUGUCUGGCAGUUAAGUGUGGUAGCUGAAGUUGAUGCUGGGGCUUCAACUUAAAUUGUAUUGAGUGAGAAACCUGUAAUGAUUUUUCUAAGUAGAAGAAAUUGAAAGGUUUUGAGUGGGUGAUCUAUAUUGGUUCCUAUAUGUUACAUUGGGCAAAGUUGAUUUUGAACUUCAAAUUAAAAGGCAUUUGAGAGGUGAAUUUCUGUCCAGUUUGAGAAGAUAGUGAGUGUAAAGUUGGAGAUGGCUGUGGGUAGCAAAACAAGAAAUUUGCUUGAAGGUCUAGUAAGAGAAGGAUCAUUCAAAUGGUUACUUGGCAAACGCAGUUCCUUCGAUGAAGAAUUUGAAGAGAUGGGAAGGUCCCCAUCUGCUCAGAGGAAUUGGAUACCACAGCUUUCUCCUGUUGCAAAUCUGGUUGUUCGUAGAUGUUCAAAAGUCCUUGGUGUUCCUCCAAUUGAGCUUCAAGAAAGCUUCAAUGCAGAGGCUGCUGAAUCAAUAAAGCAUCCAUCAAGGUACGCAAGGAACUUGUUGGAAUACUGCUGUUUCCGGACACUAGCCUUGUCAAUACGAGUUACAAGUCAUCUCGCCGAUAAAAAGUUUCGACGCUUAACGUAUGACAUGAUGCUAGCUUGGGAGGCUCCGGCAGCUGCCAGCCAGCCUUUAAUAAAUGUCGAAGAGGAUGCAUCUGUUGGGGUAGAGGCCUUCUCAAGAAUAGCUUCAGCAGUCCCUAUUAUUGCAAAUGUGGUUAUUAGUGAAAAUUUAUUUGAGGUGCUUACCAAAUCAACUGGUGGUCGGCUUCAGUUUUCCAUCUACGAAAAGUAUUUAAGCGGACUAGAAAGAGUUAUUAGAAAAAUGAAGAACCAAUCAGAGUCGUCUCUUAUUUCUUCUGUUCGAUCAGCAAGAGGAGAAAAGGUUCUUGAAGUGGAUGGAACAGUCACCUCCCAACCAGUUCUUGAGCAUAUAGGGAUGUCUGCAUGGCCUGGUCGGUUAGUUAUGACGGACCAUGCUCUUUACUUUGAAGCUCUCCGUGUUGUGUCUUAUGACAAGGCAAAAACUUAUGAUUUAGCAGAUGAUCUGAAACAAGUUGUUAAACCUGAGAUGACUGGACCAUGGGGUACUCGGCUUUUUGACAAGGCAGUGUCAUAUAAAUCAAUUUCCUUAUCAGAAUCGGUUGUCUUCGAGUUUCCUGAGCUUAAGGGGCAUACUCGCCGUGAUUACUGGCUAGGAAUCAUCCGAGAAAUUUUAUAUGUUCAUAGAUUUAUAAACAAGUACCAGAUCAAGGGAGUUGAACGAGCUGAAGCACUUUCAAAAGCCGUACUCGGGAUUUUGCGAGUACAAGCCAUUCAGGAUAUUAGUUUGGCUAAUCCUCUACGGUGUGAGACUCUUCUCAUGUUCAAUUUUUGUGACCAACUUCCAGGUGGAGACUUGAUAUUGGAAACCCUUGCAAAUAUGACAACCCUCAGGGAGUUGGACCGGACUAACAAUUCGAAGGCUGGAGGUGAAAUGCAUUCAGUCUCUGCCUUAGACAUGGUCUCUAACUUAGGGUUUGUGUUUGGAACAAGUUCAAAUAAUCCUAAUGAGGCUGGACUUGUUGUGGGGGAGAUAACUGUGGGAGAGAUGAGUUCUUUGGAAAGAGCAGUUAAGGAAUCUAAAAUCAAUUAUGAAAAAGUGGUGCUAGCACAAGAAACAGUUGACGGAGUUAAAGUGGAUGGCAUUGACAGUAAUUUAGCAGUUAUGAAGGAGUUACUCUCUCCUAUGAGGGAACUCGGGAAGUGCCUUCUGUCUUUGGCGUUUUGGGAUGAUUAUGUGAAGUCAUUGGUAUUUUGUUUAUUUUUCAGUUACAUCAUUUUCAGGGGAUGGCUGGGUUACACCUUUGCUCUAGUGCUCAUCUUUAUUGCAAUUUUCAUGGUACUCAACCGAUUUUGUGGCCAAGGAAAGCCUGUUGAUCAUGUAAAGGUGAUAGUACCCCCGGCAACGAAAACAAUGGAGCAGCUCUUGGCAGUUCAAAAUGCAAUCUCUCAAACUGAAGGGCUCAUCCAGGACGGUAACAUUCUUCUUCUCAAGAUGCGGGCCUUGUUGCUGUGCAUUUUCCCUCAGGCAAGCCAAAAAUUCGCAGCGGCACUGUUGAUUGCAGCCUUGAUUCUGGCCUUUGUACCUAGUAAGUUCAUCGUUCUUCUAAUUUUUUUGGAGACUUUUACAAGAUAUUCACCUCCAAGGAAAGCAAGCACAGAGAGAUGGAUGAGGAGAUUGAGAGAAUGGUGGUUCAGCAUACCAGCAGCUCCUGUUAUCCUUGAAAGAGAGAGAGAGGAAAAAAAGAGGAAGUGAUGCUGUAAUUAUUACGUGUGAAUUAUGUAAUAACUUGCAAUAGUGUAUAUACGUUUUUGGAAUGGGAUUCUUUUUUCUCAAUGCAUCUAUUGAUUGUAAA